UUACUCCUUUUUACCGGAGGGGAAACUGAAGUUCAGGAAAGGUGACUUACCAAAGGUUACAUUGCGAGAAAGAGGUGAGGCCAGGACACGAAUCUUGGUCUUUCUGGCUCCAAAGUCAGCAAAAAAAAAUUUUUUUUCAUCCUCAUGGUGCCCCUUGCUAAUUUCCCUGCUUGCCUCUGAAAUGACUGGUAAAGUCAAAUUAGAUUGGCAAAUGGGCUUUGGAAAAAAAUGCCAUAAGAUAUGCAAAUGUCAGAGAUGAUUCAUUCUCAGCGAAACAGGCACAUACCCUGAAGCUGCAGACGAAAACUCAAAACUCCUGGAUGACGAACAUAGAUCUGUGUAAGUGACACGGAUUUCGCAUGUGGCUUUCUCGAAUUCAAGCUCUGCAAGUCAUGUUACGGAGGGAUAACUUCCUGCCUCAGGAUGAGCAUUUAGAGGAACUCGGAGGGAGGUAUUUUCGUGGUCGUAUUAAAAACUCAGGGUCAGAUGCACUUAGCAUCACACGGUCAGCGCUGCUAGUCAAAGCGUAAACAAGCCUGAGGCCGGACACGGCUCCCUUCAAAUAGGCUGGCUCCCGGGGAUGCGGCUCAUUCUGCAGCAGGCGGAGCGAGGAACAGGCAGGAUGAAGAAAUUAUUUGUGUUUGCGCUCCUUCUCACCUUCCUGACCUUCUCAGGGGCCUCCCCGAUUCUGACGGAAAAGGAGGCCAAACAGCUCCUGAGGUCCAGGCGCCAGGACAGGCCGAGCAAACCCGGGUUCCCCGACGAGCCCAUGCGGGUUUCCAGUGGUUUGCUACUACAGACUUAUUGCUGCUGUGUACAACCUUCUACACAGCUCUUGAUUUAGGAGUUUCUCUGUCCUCGCAGUAAUCUGCGGCAUCAGCAAAGGCUUGGAAUUUGUUAGAAAUGCAAAUUCUGGCGCCCCACCCCAGGCCCGCUGAAAUAGAACCUGUGGGGGCGGAGUCAGCAAUCUGUUUUCACAAGCCCUCCAGGUGAUUCUGAUGACAGGUAACGUUUGAGGAGCAGGGCUAGGGUGUAAACCGGAAGUGAGAUUUCUGGAACUCAGGCAACCGUUUGUUUUCCACAGUGGUUGGUCCAUGUUAAGUCCCAUCAAUGUAUACGAGUUCCCAUGGGCACACACCCUCUCAGCACUUAGGGUUGUCAGAUUUUCUUCUUUUGCCCACUGAGUGGGUCUGUGGUCUCCACAGAGCCCUGGGGGUGGCGGUUUCUCCUCCCUUGGUCUGGCGGCUUCCUGUCUCAGAACCACGGCCACUCUGCGCAUCAGCAGCUCGCUGUCCCCAUGGAUAAAGGCCUCUCUUCCCCGUGGGUUUGU